AUGCUCUUUUCAACCGGUCCAGUGUGGCAACAUGGUGCACUGCCUCGUCCAUCACCAGGUACAGGACUCAAAGUCCAUUUUAUUAAACAGGACGGCGAAAAGGUCACUGUAGAGGCCAAUGAUGGCGAGAGUUUGCUAGAUGUCGCUAGAGCCAACGAUCUUGAUGUCGAAGGAGCGUGCGAAGCUUCACUGGCAUGCUCAACUUGCCACUUGAUUUUGGACGAAAACUCGUUCAACAAGCUGGAGGAACCAUCAGACGAGGAGAACGAUAUGUUGGAUUUGGCAUAUGGUCUCACAGACACAUCGCGUUUAGGAUGUCAAGUAUUGAUGUCUAAGGAACUGGACGGUCUGACGGCCAAGAUCCCAUCAGCGACCAGGAAUAUGUAUGUGGAUGGAGCGAAACCGAAGCACCACUAA